AUGGAAGUUAAGGAGGUUGAUUGUAAAGGUAAAAAGGUAGUGAAUGAUCUACAAUCAAAGAAAUCUCCCAAGAGAAAAAAAUGGGAAAAGGAAUAUGAGAACGUGAAUGUGAAAAAUAAUGAUGAUAAGGUUAGAAAAGUGAGUAAGGAGUAUCCAGUAGGUUUAAGAAGACUUCCAACUAGAAUGAAUCCUAGAAGGAUUAGUACAACUAUGAAAGUGAUGUCCCCUAUACACAAAAAUGGGAUUGUGUGUAUGGGUUUUGGAUCACUUCUGAAUAUUGACAUGGACAAUACUCUGGGGUUACUUAACUACUAUCUCUUAGAUCAGUGUGAUCCAGAAAGUAGUUGUCGAGUUCUAGAGAAUUAUAUGAUUACAAUUACUAAAGACACGAUGCAUGAAUGUUGGGGUUACCAAAUGAUGGGGAAGACUUCAUGUUGA